AUGAAGACACUGCCAUCCAUUUUUGUUGCCAUCGUCGCACUUGCCAUCGGAAUCUACUACAACGAGCACAUGCUUGGCAGAAUCACGAGUCUGUCCAAGCACAUCACGCCUAUCACGAGCACCGUCUUCAACAGCACACGCGGCAUGUCCAAGGCGUCCACCAUGUUCCAGGGGUUGCCUGUUAUCCCUGACGAGCCUCUUACGACGGAAGCGCCACGAAAGAUCGCAAAGUCAUUUCUUGCUGUCGAGCAGUCCGAGGGCGCCGGCGCUCGCGUGAGGAGGAGUGUAGGGACGCCCAAGCUGCGCAAUUUCAGUCCAUUCCUUAUGCUCGACCACUUUGCCAUUCCCCCGGGUGCUGGCUUCCCAGACCGUGCCGUGGACCAUGAGGACUUUGCCGGCAACAAAGGCACAAUCGAAGCAGGUGACCUGCAAUUUAUGACGGCAGGCCGCGGCAUAGUCCACGCAGAAAUGCCCAGGCAAAACGAAGACGGCUCAGCCAACGUGGGCAUGCAGCUGUGGGUUGACUUGCCCAAGGAACUCAAAUCGUGCGAACCCCGAUACCGCGACUUGAGAUCCAAAGAGAUUCCAGAAGCAAAAUCAGACGACGGCAAGGUCCAUGUCAAGAUCAUCAGCGGUAAAGCAUAUGGCACCGAGAGCUUGAAGGAGCUGGCAUACACCCCGGUCUGGCUGCUCGACUUCACCGUUCAGCCCGGCGGCAAGGUCAAACAGUCGCUUCCCAAAGGAUGGAAUGCAUUUGCAUAUCUCCUCAAUGGCACCACCAUCUUCUCGACCGGCAGCGAGUCGCGCCCAAUUGAGCAGUACCACAAUGUCGUGUUUGAAAAGGAUGGAGACAGUAUUGAGGCCUCAGUGGAAGAGGCCGCCGACCAAGAGUCACGGUUCAUCCUGGUUGCAGGAUUGCCGCUCGACCAGCCCAUCGUUCAGUACGGACCAUUCGUCGUCACUAGCCGCGAUGAAGUGAUGCAGGCUAUGAUGGACUAUCAAACGCACUCGAACGGGUUUGAACGAGCCAAUAAUUGGGAGUCUGAGAUAGGCAAGAGCAUGGUCCAUUGA